AUGCGUGUCAUUCUAGUUUAUCUGAUCUAUAUGGCGGCAAUCGUCUCCGCCAAUGCUGCAGAGAGUUGGGAGGACUCACCAAUACUCCCAGUGGCUCGGCGUGAUGACCAUGCUCUUCUUGCAAGGGGCCAUCCGGGCACUGGUGCAACUAGCACAGUGCCUUCGCCAACUUCAACGCCUUGUGAAAGCUCUACAAGCACACCACCACCUUCAACGACCUCCACACCUUGUGAAAGUUCUACGAGCACACCGCCACCUUCGACAACUUCCACACCCUGUGAGAGCUCUACAAGCACACCGCCACCUUCGACAACUUCCACACCCUGUGAGAGCUCUACAAGCACACCGCCACCUUCGACGACCUCCACGCCUUGUGAGAGCUCCACAAGCACACCACCAUCACCACCUUCCACAACUUCCACGCCUUGUGAGAGCUCCACAAGUACACCACCACCACCGCCGCCUUCAACAACUUCCACACCCUGUGAGAGUUCUACGAGCACACCACCACCUUCGACGACUUCAACACCCUGUGAGAGUUCUACGAGCACACCACCACCUUCGACGACUUCAACACCUUAUGAGAGCUCUACAAGCACACCACCACCUUCGACGACUUCCACACCCUGUGAGAGUUCUACGAGUACAUCGCCGCCUUCCACAACCUCCACACCCUGUGAGAGUUCUACAAGCACACCGCCGCCUUCCACAACCUCCACACCCUGUGAAAGCUCUACGAGCACACCGCCACCUUCGACAACUUCCACACCUUGUGAAAGUUCUACAAGUACGCCGCCAGCUUCCACAACCUCCACACCCUGUGAGAGUUCUACAAGCACACCACCACCCCCAGCUUCCACAACUUCCACGCCUUGGGAGAGCUCUACAAGUACACCACCACCACCGCCGCCUUCAACAACUUCCACACCCUGUGAGAGUUCUACGAGCACACCACCACCUUCGACGACUUCAACACCCUGUGAGAGUUCUACGAGCACACCACCACCUUCGACGACUUCAACACCUUAUGAGAGUUCUACAAGCACACCACCACCCCCAGCUUCCACAACUUCCACGCCUUGGGAGAGCUCUACAAGUACACCACCACCUUCAACAACCUCCACACCCUGUGAGAGUUCUACAAGCACACCACCAUCACCACCUUCCACAACUUCCACGCCUUGGGAGAGUUCUACAAGCACACCACCAUCACCACCUUCCACAACUUCCACGCCUUGUGAGAGCUCCACAAGUACACCACCACCACCGCCACCUUCAACAACCUCUACACCCUGUGAAAGUUCUACAAGCACACCACCAUCACCACCUUCCACAACUUCCACACCUUGGGAGAGCUCUACAAGUACACCACCACCUUCAACAACCUCUACACCCUGUGAGAGCUCUACGAGCACGCCUUCACCUUCGACAACUUCCACAACUUCCACGCCUUGGGAGAGCUCUACAAGUACACCACCACCUUCCACAACCUCCACAUCUUGGGAAAGCUCUACCAGCACACAGCCAGCUUCAGUCACGUCCACAUCUUGGGAGAGCUCUACGAGCACACCACUUCUACCCGGCUCCACAUCUAUCACGACUAUCACAACUACUUAUCUGACAACCACUUGUCCUGGGACUGCAUCUACCACCCCUGAGGUUUUGCCCUCCCCAGAAGUCUCUUCCAGUCCUUCGACUGCCCCGGCCCCGAUUCCCACAUCCCAUUACAAUGGUGCCACAUCCCAGUUCAAGAACUCUCUUGCCGCUCUCCUGCCCGGCGUUGUUAUUGCUGCAGCGCUGGUCUAG